AUGCCGCUUGUCGCCUACUCCGAUUCCGAGUCGGAGGCUGAGCAGGAUGCUCUGCCGCCCGCCAAACGACCCAAGCGCUCCGCCAACUGCCGCAGCCCUCCGGAAUCCCUGCCGCCGCUGCCCCAGGCCUUCCUCGACCUCUAUGCAACCAACGCCCGGCAGAGCACACACGACGAUCCCGCCCUGCACGGCGGCCGGAAGCGCGCCAUCCCGCACAUGGACGGCCAUUGGCCUUCGCACGUCUACCUAGAGUGGCACCCAAAUGCUGCAGAAUCUCGUACGCUCCAGUCGCUUCUCUCCGCCGUGGAACGAGCCCUCGCGCUCUACUUCCACACCUCUGCGAGCAAUGACGCGACGGGCGUUCCCCAGCUGCAAACCGUGCACAGCUCGCUCCUGACGCCCCUGUCCACGCCCGCACCGCUGCACGUGUCACUUUCGCGGACUCUGCCGCUGCCGACGGACUCACGCGCCCCGUUUCUGGAUGCACUGGCUACGAAUCUCCGCCGCAGCAGCACCCGCCCCUUCGAUGCACGCUUCGACGGCUUGAAAUGGGUGCCUAACUUCGACCGUUCGCGCUGGUUUUUGGUGCUAGGCAUGCGCCGCCCGCCGAACGAUGAAUUGAACCGUCUGCUACUGGCGGCUAACCAGGCCGCAAAGAGGUUCGGCUAUCCAGAGCUUUAUGCUGAGGACCAGCAGCAUGGGGAGGGCGUGGAUAUGACCGGUGGCUGGGGAGCUCCUACUGCCACUGAGGACCACAAAGCAGACGAAGAAGACGCGAAAGGCUUUGUUAACAAAAAGGAUGAUCGUUCCAAUACCUUCCACGUCAGUCUCGCGUGGAGCCUUGAGCCGCCUCCUGCUGAGCUCCGAGAGCUGUCAGGAGUGGAAGAGAUAUCCUACCUGAUGAAGCAAGAUGUUUCGCAGAUGAGCGUCAGAUUCGACGUCGUCAAAGUGAAAGUCGGUAAUGCCAUCCACGCAUUCGAUAUCGCCCCCAAGCGCAAAGAGGAGAAGGGCAUCUUAGGUCUGGCUUAA